AUGGCUCGGGAAUCGACACCCCCAGACUCACCGCUCUCGUCGGUCGCGUCAUCGGAGCAGUACGAAGAGGAAGGCGGCGACCUCCACGAGGGCCCCGCGGUGCGACCGUCCAAGAGGCAAAAGGUGGAGGCCGGGUCGACGACGUCGUCGGCCGUGGUGGCCGAGCCGGAGCCCGAGGUCGUGCCCGACGCAGAUCCCCUGGACGGCAUGUCGGACGUCUCCUCGGACACGUCGGGCGACAUACCCAGCUCACCCGCCAACGCCCGGUUGGACGAGGAGGACUUCCAGGAGCAGGUGACGGCAUGCGAGUGGGAUGAGUGCCCGGCCGGGGACCUGGGCAACAUGGACAAGCUGGUCGAGCAUAUUCACAACUCGCACAUCGAGAGCCGGCAGAAGAAGUACACGUGCGAGUGGAAGACGUGCACCCGCAAGGGCCUCCCCCACGCCAGCGGCUACGCUCUCAAGGCUCACAUGCGCAGCCAUACGAGGGAGAAACCCUUCUACUGCUACCUGCCGGUUCAGAAGCUAAAGCGUCUUUUUCUCUUCUUCUCAAUCGAUACAGAGUGCGAUCGAUCUUUCACCAGAUCCGACGCCCUGGCCAAGCACAUGCGCACCGUCCACGAGACCGAGGCCCUGCGCCCGUCGGACCCGAUACCCAAGUCGCAGCACAGCGCCCCCGCCACGGGCAAGCAGAGCAAGCUCAAGAUAAUCAUCAAGAAGCAGCCCGGACAGCAGGACGACGCCGCCAUGACGGGUACGGACGACCAGCAGCAGCAGCAGCAGCAGCAUGCCGACGGCGCCAACGGCAAGGCCAACAGCGACGACCCCAACGCGGAGUACUACACCGUCCUGCCCAAGGAGCUCUUUGACCAGCAGGAGCUCUCGUACCCAGUCGACAAGCUCUACCGCAAGUGCUACUGGGAGUCCAAGUGGUCCAAGGAGAUUGGCGACGAGCUCGAGCGCGAGUGCGCCAAGUGGGAGGAGGUCUACUACAAGGAGUGGCUCGAGAAGGAGGCCCUCCUGGCUCAGGUCAUCAAGAGCGAGGUCGACUGGCAGGACCGCCGCCAGGCCAUACUCUCCGGCAUCGCUGACGUCCACAUCUCCACCUCCUCCCACUCCGGCGGCGGGCCCGAGGCCAAGGACAAGGAUGACGCGACCGCCUCCGAGGCUCCCGAGGCUGCCGUCACUCCGGCUCCGGCUGACGGAGACGCAGCACCGCGGGCGACCGCCGCCAUCAACGGUCACCGCAGCGAGGAGGAAAGGAAGAUCACCAUCAACACCAUUGAGAAUGGCCUGCGGCCGACGUCCUAG